ACAAUUCAAUCUGACUCAUCCAGUUCGACCAGCGUGGCCGCCAGGGAUUUACUGGGAAGCGUUGGUACGGAAACCCCUGCAACCAGCACCAAUGCCGAUGGAGAAUAUGAUGGUGGUGGAAGCGCGACCUGCAACGAGUGUCAGAAAGAUCCAGGCAUAUGUUGCGCUGUUCAGUGUCAGAGCGGCCUCUGUCCUAAGAUUGCCAUUGAAAACGGAGGCUGGACCGUCAACGGCGUCAAAAUAACGGGUGGCGGAAGGCGGCGUUGA